GACAUUAGUGAAAUUUUUGUUAUUAUUGUCUGGCUCGUUUUCUUGAAGUUUGUGAAUUUCUGUACGUGGGAAUUGGUCGAAAAAUUGUUUGUUAACAAAAUUUAUGAGAUUUGUGAAUGUGUGUUAAUAUUAUAUGUACAUAUAAGUACCACAGCAAUUUGAUUGAUUAAAUUACGAACAUUGUGUCUUUGUGGAACUGAAAAAAUUGUCGGUUUCUGUAAUGGGGAAAGUAUGAGAAGACUCUAAUCAACGGAGAGCCUGGGGUUGCAUAUGCAACAAUAAUAAUAACAUUGUGGAAAUUUCUUUUAAAUGAAAUUAAAAAUUUGCGAUUGGAAGAUAAUGUAAUAAAUUGAAUAAUUAAUGUGCAUUUAAAAUCCAUAUAAAAUAAAUAACAGGCAUUUGAUUUACUUUUUUUGUGUUGUGAUAUUGGUGUCAAAAGGUCUCUGUGACGGUACACAGUCCAAUUCUUGUCUGUCCUCUUAACUGUAUGAUUUAAACAUAACAUUAAAAUUAACUGCUAAGAAUCUAAUCAUUAUCAGAGAUUACAUGACUGUGACACCAAAGCACUUUGUAUUGCGUGCCGUGCAAAUUAAAAGAAGUGCGUGCACAGUAGAAAAAAACUGCAGAAUUUUUACACCAUUAUCUAGAAUUGUGUUUUGGACUCUAACUGUAACGUGCCAAUUUUAAAGGGACAAACUAUAACAUUCUGGCUGCCUCAAACGGAAAAUUCAAGAAACUUUUUGGUGACAUGGACGAGGAAGAGGAAGAAGUAACUGAUAUCAAAUUACAAAUUUUUCAUAACAAUCUUCGUGAAAAUAUUAUAUUUCUGCUGCUGCUGAUGUUGCUAUAUCUUGCCUCCUAUGCGCUGAUAACCCGCUUUCGUCGGAAAGAUCGUGAAGAUCUAUUUUCCACGGACGAAGAUGAAGUGCUCGUCUACCGUAUAAGCUCUUGGCUGUGUACAUUUUCUAUGGCGAUCGCUGUUGGUGCCGCCCUUCUGCUACCGAUAUCAAUAGCCAGCAAUGAGGUUCUGUUGCUUUAUCCUAACAGCUAUUAUGUAAAAUGGCUCAAUAGCUCUUUAAUACAAGGUCUUUGGAAUCAUAUAUUUUUAUUUUCCAAUCUCUCCUUAUUUGUGUUUUUGCCAUUUGCGUAUCUUUUUACGGAAUCUACUGGUUUCGUUGGGCAUAAGAAGGGUAUAAUUGCGCGCGCUUAUGAAACGUUUACAGUAUUUAGCCUCUUAGCCACGGUGGUUUUAGGCAUUACUUAUGUACUCUCUGCUGUUAUGGAUCCAGAUAAAAUCGGAUUUUUAUCACUGCUAAAUUUAGGCAGUGUGCAUUUACCAUUUUUGUAUUCGUGUGUAUCAUUUUUGGGAGUGCUAUUAUUACUCGUUUGCACGCCGCUUGGCUUUGUUCGCCUCUUCGGAGUUGUGGGACAAGUACUUGUGAAGCCACAUUUACUUCGCGACGUAAAUGAGGAGUACCAAGUGUUUUACAUGGAAAUCGCCAGCUUGAAGCGCAAAAUAGCGAAUAUUGAACUACUAAAUAUUAAUAUCAGCAGCAACGGCGGCGCCAACAGUUUACACAAUGAUUACAGCAAUGGUUAUACAAAUGGUGGCGGAUAUUAUGCUCAUACAUCGUUGGUACAUCUUUAUCAACGAAAACCUUUGGAAAAUUAUCAAACUGAGCAACAGAAGCUCAAACAAAGACUGAGAGAAUUGGAGUCUGAAAGUAGAGAGUUGGAGAAAUUGCGCAAGUCAUCGGCGUUUCAACGUAAUUUCGUAUAUCCUCUGGCAAUGUUGUUGUUGCUCUUUUUCACCGGUAUAACGGUUUUGCUGGUAGUCCAAAAUACACUAGAGUUGCUAAUAGGAAUCAAAGCAUUGCCACUAAGCACUCGGCAAUUUACGCUUGGAAUAACUUCUCUAUCGAAGAUGGGACCAUUUGGAGCAGGUUUAGAAGUGUGUUUAAUUUUCUAUUUAGGUGCCACUUCUGUUGUUGGCUUUUAUACCAUGCCUUUUAUGCGCAACGUUUGUCCACAAAAAAGAAAGACUUCUCUCGCACAACUAAUACUUAAUUGUGCGCUAGUUUUAAUAUUAAGUUCAGCACUGCCGCUGCUCAGUAGAAUUAUUGGCAUUACAAAUUUCGAUCUAUUAGGUGAUUUUGGUGCCAUCGAGUGGUUAGGCAAUUUUCAAAUUGUUUUACUUUAUAAUUUAAUCUUUGGCACCACGACAGCGCUCUGCUUGGUAAAUAAAUUUACAGCAGCUGUGCGUCAGGAAUUGUGCGCGCGGUUGAGCUCGAUAUUUAUAUUCUAAUACUCUAAUAAAUAUAUGUAACCAUUGGCUGCCAGUCAUUUGCAACUAUUCCAAAAAGUUACGCAUUUUUUGCAGUGAUUGCACUACAUCAGAUGGAUCUAUACCGAAGUGCCAAAUAUCUGACAAGAAAUAAAUAAGAUAAAACUUCCAA